AUGCAGCUCACCGAGGAUAAGGCCACGGAGGUCAAGAACUGGGUUGUGAAGAAGCUGGAAGACAUCUCAGAUGCAGACUCGGACGUGCUUGCGGACUAUGUAUUGGCUCUUAUCAGGACCGAUGCGCCCGAUGAGGAGAUCCGGAAGGCCUCUGUCGAGAAUUUGGAGGACUUUCUAAGGGAGCACACCAACGAAUUUGUCGAUGAACUUUUCGCGACUUUUGCAUCUAAACAGGGUCCUCCAUCCGCGCCGAACCCCGCGGUCCAACUGCAAACGCCCCAGGGUGCGGGAUCAGCCCCUCAGAUACCAGUGCCGUCAAAGCCACCGAGCGGCCCUUCACACGGAUCCUAUGUGCCUCCCGCAUACGCCGAGGGUCCAUUCAAUAACAACCGUAAACGCACAUACAAUGACGGCUUCAGCGGGGAGAAUGACCGCGACGAUGUUACCCACCAACGCACUUUCAAGACCCCGCGCCGAGGGCGUGGCGGUGGACGAGGCGACUGGAUGGGGAGAGACGGCCACGCACCGUCUGGACCCCCAGGGCAAUUCCCUCACCCGCCCGCUGGCGGAUUCCCAGUCAUGCCUCCGGCAUUCCCUGGUUUUGACCAGAAUGAUCCAAUGGCAGCGAUGAUGGCGCUUCAGAGCAUGGGCUUUCCGCAGAUGCCAGGAAUGCCUCCUAUGCCUAUGCCACCGGGUGGCGGAGCGCCUGGCCAACAAGGGGAACAAAUGGGAGCGAAGAGCACAGAGAAAUGCCCGUUCUACGAAACGCAAGGGAUCUGCUACCUCGGAGCGGCUUGUCCGUAUCAGCAUGAUAUCGUUCCCGGCUCUUCAAGGCCUGAUGAAUAUGACCCGAAAUCAUCAAAUAUCGUUUCAGAUUUCCAGAGACGAAGCUCUGAAGCUCCGACGCGCGGAAACGACCGAGGUCGAGGCCGCGGCCGUGGCCGUGGUGGGGAUAGAGGCGGUUUUGCUAACCGCGGCCGUCGAUCUGAGUUCUCUUCGGCUGGGCCUACCGAUGACCCUUCAGUGAAGACCAUUGUUGUGGAGCAAAUCCCUGAUGACAAGCUGGACGACUUUUCAGUCCGAGAGUUCUUCUCUCAGUUUGGAGAGAUCGCAGAUAUCAUGCUCCAGCCACACAAAAAGCUUGCCCUAAUCACAUAUGGUGACCACGCGGCUGCCAAGGCAGCUUGGUCCAGCCCAAAGGUGAUUUUCGAUAACAGAUUCGUCAAAGUCUACUGGCAUAAACCCAAGGGAGAGCGAAAUGUUGAUCAGCGCCCGGGAUAUAACGACGCCCGCGAAGAGUCGCAGCCUUUCAAUCAAGAAGAGUUCGAGAGACAGCAAGAAGAAGCGCAGAGAGCUCACGAAGAAAAACUCAAACGGCGCCGAGAGACAGAAGAAGCAAAGCAAGCUCUAGAGAAACAGCGCGAGGAACUCCUGAAGAAGCAAGAAGAGGAAAAGCAGCGCCUGCUCCAGAAAAUCGGCGCCGCAACACCCAGCAGCGCCUCUCCGAACGGCACAGCCGCGCAAUCCCCCACUGACGAAAACGCCAGCGAGCAAACCAAGCAGCUCCGAGCGCAGCUUGCUGCACUCGAAGCCGAAGCCAAGUCCCUGGGUCUUGACCCCAACAAUUCCCCCGACGCCAACCAAUCCUACCGCGGCCGUGGCAGAGGAGGCUUCUCUGGCGGUCGCGGCGGCUACCCGCCACGUGGACGCGGCUACGACCCCUCAUAUCGCGGCUCGUAUCGUGGUCGAGGCGGGGGGUUCCCUGCACGCGGCCGCGGUGGCGUCCUGCGUCUCGACAAUAGGCCCAAGCGUGUGGCAGUCUCGGGUAUCAAGCCGAAUUCCGAACAGGACGAGGCGUUCCGGCAGUUCCUUAUUGGCGUCGGCGACUACGACUCCAUAACACCAAACCCCAAUGACCCAGACUCCCUCAUCAUCGCGUUCAAAGAACGCUACAUCGCCGAGAAAUUCUUCUACGGCGCACGCAACAUCCCCUCCGUCGGCGAAAUCCAGGUCUCCUGGGUUCCGAAUCCCCCUCUUCCCACUCCGUCAUCAUCAGGUCAACCGCUACCCUCCGCAUCCUCGGGGCUAGAUGCGAAGACCGCUUCCGACGAGGACACAAUUAUGGAGUCUGCCCCUAUGCCCGGUGACCAGGCCGGUAGGAAGGAUGGGAAUAUCAACGCUGAUGUAGAUUAUGAUGUUGCCGAGGAGGAUGAUAGUUGGGGUGUGCAAUGA